GUCAGAACCUUGACAGUGAGCAGAAGCAGUUCGGCAACCUAAAAAUGUUAUACAGGAUUGAAAAUAUAGUCAAAGGACUUGUGGUGGUGUUGCUGGCUUUUAUGGUUGCUCAAACUGUGUCCGAUUGCAAUGUCUGUCAAUCAAAUAAAGUUGCCUGCAUCAACUCCACCUCCUUUUACUUGUGUUUUGGAGAUGGAACCCCUCACCGUGACCAGUUGUACCAUUGCCUGGAAGGCUUCGACUGCACCAAUCUCACGGCUAUUUGUGUUCAGAAAAGCAGCCAACGUCCUCCGAGCUGUGGCGAUACCUCGCAAUGUGGCCAGUGCAACGCCAAUCAAAACUAUCUGUUCGCCUGCCAGAGUCGUGGCAUCUUUCAGAUGUGCUAUGGAGCCACUAGGCCCACUGGAAAGUUCGGGUAUUGCCCCACGGGAACUGUUUGCGAUGCCACCAGCACUGCGAUUUGUGUGCCCGAGGUCGAAGGUCAAACGCUCACAUGCGACAUAAAUGACGCACUGGUGGACACCACCACUGCAUUCCCGGUGACCACCGAAAGUAGCAGCACGGAUUCUACAGUGAAUACCAGCCCUGAAACCACCACUGUAAUCACCCCUUUUACACCGACGCAGAUGUGCGCCCAGCGAAAUGCCACUGGACUUUUUCCCGUGUCACCCGAGGAUCCCUAUUGCCAGCGCUACAUUAGUUGCUACUUUAAGAAUAACAUUCUUAUCAGCUCGGCGGAAUAUAACUGUCCGACGGACUCGUACUUCGUUUCCCAGACUCAGAGUUGCGACUACGCUAAUCCGGGCUACUGUCUGUAGGGCUAAACUCACGCACCCAAU